GUACGAGGACUACAAUUCCCAGGAUACCCCAAGUCUUCCACCAACCAGGAAGACGGAUUUUUCCAAAGGGCGGGUCCUGGGGGAAGGCUGGGUCUGGAGGAAAUUUAGCCAAUGGGUGAACUGUACAGAAUCGAAACCUUCUUUGAUUGCGCCGAAGAGAUUGGAAUCUUUGGCGCCUUUGUUUUAGUGGAGGGUGGUAGAUAGACGGGUAAAUUGACCAAUGAGAAGGUGGGUAGGCGGAUCCAGAGCGUGUGGGCGGGGAGGGGUUCUGACUGGCAAGCUGUUCGUCCAAUGAAAGGUAGUGUCGCUGGUGCGUGGCCGGCGAGGCUGUGGAGGCCGGUGUGUAUAGAAGCUGUGUGAGAGAUGGCGGAACCCGGGAGGAGACGGGGUCCGAGGUCCCGCGGUGGCGGCGCCGGCCGAGGCGCUCGAAGAGCCCGGGUCGCCCGUGGCCGGCGUCCUCGCGCCCCGCAGUCUCUGUCUCGGCUCAUUCCAGACACGGUGCUUGUGGACUUGGUCAGUGACAGCGACGAGGAGAUCCUGGAAGUCGUCGCGGACCCGGUAGAAGUGCCCGCCGCCCGGGCCCCCGCGCCGGCCGCACAUGGGCAGGACAGCGACAGUGACAGUGAAGGGGCGGACGAGGGGCCUGCAGCAGCCCCUCAGACCUUGGUCCGGCGGCGGCGCCGGCGGCUGCUGGAUCCCGGCGAAGCACCGGUGGUUCCUGUGUACUCCGGGAAGGUACAAAGCAGCCUCAACCUCAUCCCAGAUAAUUCAUCCCUCUUGAAACUUUGCCCCUCAGAGCCUGAAGAUGAGGCAGAUGUGACAGAUUGUGGCAGUCCUCCCCCUGAGGAUGCCCGAAUUCCAGGUUCUCCCUGGAAGAAGAAGCUGAGGAAUAAGCAUGAGAAAGAAGAGAUGAAGAUGGAAGAGUUUCCGGACCAGGACAUCUCUCCUUUGCCCCGACCUUCCUCAAGAAACAAAAGCAGAAAGCAUACCGAGGCACUCCAGAAGUUGAGGGAAGUGAACAAGCGCCUCCAAGAUCUCCGAUCCUGCCUGAGCCCCAAGCAGCACCAGAGUCCAGUCCUUCAGAACCCAGAUGAUGAGGUGGUCCUAGUGGAGGGGCCUGUCUUGUCACAGAGCCCAAGACUCUUCACCCUCAAGAUCCGGUGCCGGGCUGACCUAGUCAGAUUGCCUGUCAUGACAUCGGAACCCCUUCAGAAUGUGGUGGAUUACAUGGCCAAUCAUCUUGGGGUGUCUCCAAGCAGGAUUCUUUUACUCUUUGGAGAGACAGAACUGUCCCCUACUGCCACCCCUAGGACCCUAAAGCUUGGUGUGGCUGACAUCAUUGAUUGUGUGGUGCUGACAAGUUCUUCAGAGGCCACAGAGACAUCCCAGCAGCUCCGCCUCCGGGUGCAGGGGAAGGAGAAGCACCAGAUGUUGGAGAUCUCACUCUCUCCUGACUCUCCUCUUGAGGUCCUCAUGUCGCACUAUGAAGAGGCCAUGGGACUCUCCGGACACAAGCUCUCCUUCUUCUUUGAUGGGACAAAGCUGUCGGGCAAGGAGCUGCCAGCUGAUCUGGGCAUGGAAUCCGGGGAUCUCAUUGAAGUUUGGGGCUGAAGCUUCCUCCUCCUGUUUGGAUGCAGAGCCAAGACUUGGGGACAACAGCUCCCACUUUUAUUAUUAUUUUUUGCCCCAUAAGGGCUAACAGAAACCGAAUUAGAACUCGUUUAUUUAUUUCCGGCACUGGGGAUUGAACCCUGGGCUGUGCAUAUGCUAAGGAUGUGUGAAAUUGAGGUAAAACCAAGGCAUGACCUUU